AUGGGGUGCAAGGGGUCCAAGCUCGACGACCAGGAGGCCGUCGCGCUCUGCCGAGGCCGCGCGGUGCUGCUCGCCGCGGCCGUGCGCCACCGGUACGCGCUCGCCGAGUCCCACGCGGCGCUCGCGGACUCCAUCGAGUCGGUCGCGGCGCCGCUGCACCGCCUCCUCCGCCUGCAGCAGGCGGAGCCGCCGGGGCUCGCGCUGCCCUCCGAGCGCAAGGGCGGCGCGACGACCCGGCUGCCGCGGUCCCUCGACGCGCCGGCGGGAGCUCCGCCCGGCCGCCUCUCGCACCUCCAGUUCGGUGCGUCGUCCGGAUCCGAGCCGGCGUCGGCGCCCGGCUCGCCUCCCCGCGGCGUCCCUGAGCAGCUGACGCAGCCGCAGCCGCAGUCGCAGUACGCGUACGGGUACGGGUACGCGCCGCUGCCCGCGUACGCGUACCCGCCGCCGGGCUCGCUGCAGUUCUACUACGCGCGCAGCCGCCCGCCCCCGCCGUCCGUCGCCGUCACGCAGCGCGCGCCGGAGCCGCCACAGCGCGUGCGCUACGGCUCCUUCGACGCCGCGGGCGGCUACCCGCUACACUACGCCUACGGUGCCCAGCAGCCACCGCCCGUGGCCGCCCCGCAGCGGCCGCCGCCGCCGGCGGCUCCGCCUUCGCCGCCGAAGGCGAGCUCGUGGGACUUCCUGAACGUGUUCGAGAACUACGACUCGUACGAUUACGACAACUACUACUACGACUCUAGGGCCGCUGCUACCGCGGCAGCGACACCGUACACGCCGAGCAGGAGCUCGCAGGAGGUGCGCGAGGAGGAGGGCAUCCCGGACCUGGAGGAUGACGAAGAAGAGGACGGUCAGGUCGCGAAGGAAGUGGCGGGUGAGUACCCGGGGCCUGGGAGUGGCGGUGCCCGCAGCCGGCGUAGCUCGCUCGGCGGUGCGAGCAGCAUCGCCGAACUCGACGACCCGGGGAAUGUUAUCGCCCAUAACGACGUAAUCGGCGAGGUACGGCGAAGGCCACCGGCACAUGGAAACGUGUUCGUGCACGCGCCAGCCCCUCCAGCGCGGAGGGUCGUCGACAAUGCUAACGUUGCCGGCGAAAUCAAGGGACAGCUUGUCCGCACGGCGGAGGCGGCAAGGCAGCUCGCGCCCUUGCUCGAAGUCGGGAGGCCGAGCUACCAAGAACGCAGCUCAGUCUACCAUUCUUCGUCAAAGAUGAUAUCAGCUAUCUCCGUGUCUGGUUUGGGAUGCAAAGAUAUGGACCUUUUGGACGUCGGAGUAGUAGGGAAGGUGGUGGACUCGCGGAGCCUAUCCUCGGCACUUGAGAAGCUCUAUUUCUGGGAAAGGAAGCUGUAUAGUGAGGUCAAGGCUGAGGAGAAAAUGCGCUUACUUAUUGCUAAGAACUCUAAGCGAUUGAAAUUAUUGGACCAAAAAGGUGCUGAACCUCAAAAGAUCGAUGCAACUCGAAAUUUGCUGAGGAAGCUUUCAACAAAGAUAAGAAUAGCUGUACGUGUUAUUGCCAAGAUUUCAAGAAAGAUAAACAAAUUAAGGGAUGAGGAAUUGUGGCCGCAACUUAAUGCCUUGAUCCAAGGGUUUCUAUUAAUGUGGCAAGAUAAACUAGACUCCUACCAUAGUCAGUGUCAAGUGAUAUCAGAAGCCAAAAACUUGAUUUCAGUUGUGUCAGGUGGAAACGGCCAGGAUUUGGCAUUGGAGCUUGAAGUAGAGCUGGUUAAAUGGAUAAUCAGUUUUUCCUCCUGGGUGAAUGCACAAAGGAACUUUGUAAAGGCACUGAAUGGAUGGUUAGCGCUCUGUCUUAACUAUGAGCCCGAGGACAAUGCUACUGGACUUCCAUCUUACUCACCCGCAAGCAUAGGUGCUCCUUUGGUUUUUGUUAUCUGCAACAAAUGGUCUCAGGCUAUGGAUCGGAUUUCCGAGAAGGAUGUGGUUAACGCAAUGCAAGCUCUUGUCUCUAGUGUGCACCACCUGUGGGAGCAGCAGCAUCUUGAGCAAAGCGAACAAACAAUCGCAAUUCGAGAAAGGGAAAAAUGGGUCAAGAUUUUGGAGAGGAAGACGGAGGAGAUUAACAAGGAGGCGGAUGAACUAAAUAAGAAGCUGGCGCAAGUACCAAGCCGGCAGAGACUGCAUGUGCCUCGGACCGUACAGUUGUAUGAGGCCCAUUGCGUUGAGGCAAGUAACUUGCACGUAAAUCUGAGGCUGGUUCUUGAAGCUUUAGAAAACUUUUCUGCCAGUUCGCUGCAAGCUUUCCAGGAAGUAUUGAUAUGUGCUGGAGAGGCAAGGUUGCCAAGAGAAUCACGAGACAAUGUGAGGAGAGAGCACCGUAGCUCGAAUAGAAGUUCAAACUACAAAACCAGCUCGUAAGACUUCAAUCAUGGCCUAGCUAUUAUGAUGGUUUCCUGUGCAGAAGAAACUUGGAUGGGGUUUUGUGCCUCUGAAAAAACAAGUUGAAUGGUGCUUUGUGCCGUUGAAACUCUGUGACCGAGAAGUUUGGGCUAAUGAUAGCGGUGGAUUUAAUGUUGGGGGCAAAGGAUAAGAUAUCCUAAACUGAAGACCAUUUUGCAGAGUGUCCAGGUAAAUGGUUUGCCUUGGUUCAGGAAAGUGUUGUUUAACAGCACCAAGGUUACCAGUCGCCAUGAUAUCCGAAAUACUCCCUAGAUGCAGCUGUUACCCAGUUUGUACAAAGGUCCUCCCCCAAAACAAACCCGUUGGAUGUUGAUGACGGGUAUAUUGUAAAGUGACUGGAUGUAAAAUCAGUCAAAUGUGCAUUCGGGAACGAUCUUUUGAUGUAUGUAUGAAAUUGUACAUAUCUUAUGAUGCCUUUGCAAUCAUCUAUGCUCAGCCAUCAGUGCCUUCAA